AUGGGUGGUGCUGGAUUCAUUAGCCGGUGUUGGUUUGGUAAAGGAAAAGAUCCGAGGCUGCUAAUAGUGGAGAUUGGCUAUUGGAAGAGGGUAUUAAUAGUGGAAAUCGAGCCGAACAUCGAUGGAGGGGUCGUCACAUCGCAAGAAAACCAAGGCAAAAAGGUAAUUAGAGAUGGAUUUUAUAGGAAACACGACAUGGCAAGCAUGCUUGGGCACACACCAAGGCUAAGGCUAGGCCACGAUGUGCCUAAUGCAUAUCGAGUGCACCCUAGGCAUGUGCUUUUCAAGGCCUACGAGUAUCCUAGGCACGUGCGUGCAUUAGGGAGCAAUACUAGGUGCAUGAGCAUGCUAGGUGCUCUUAAGUACACCAAGUUGAAGGCUUAG